GGAGAGGACGAGGGAGGCACGGAUCGCUGCCAUUCCAGACUUUGGCGGCAGCCUCAUCUUCACCCCAGUGGAGCCCCUUCUCGUCAUCUGCCUCAUCAUGUUGAGGAAGGGAGACCGAGAGGUCCUCCUGAAUCUGGACGACGAGGGUGAAGCACAAACCACGGGCGGCUACGGGAGUCUGCAGGACGGGAGCUUCAUCCCGGCCAGAUGUGUGAGCUUUGCGGGCGCCGCCGUUGACGAUGUGGGCGACGAGGAUCCCACGUACAGUCGCCGGAGCGCGAGAAGCGACCAGCCGGGUCCACAGCUGACAGGGAAUUACUUCAGGGAUGGACGAACCAAAAUCGACUUUGUGCUGGUGUGGGUGGUGCGCUCGCGGAAGAAGCGGCGCGGAAAGGGGAAGAGCCGGGCGACCGCCGAAGAGGAGGAGGGGGGGGAAGCAGUGGAGGAGAAGAGCAGCAGGUCUGAGCGAAGGAAGGCGCAGCUCGCCCAGUGGAGGGAGAAGUUUGUUCAGAAUCUGGAGAGCGCCGGACUGCUCAUGGAAAAGGAGGAAACGGCCAACGAAAAGAAAACCAUCCACUUUCUGAAACUUAGCGCUCCGUGGAAUGUGAUGCUGUUUUACGCCGAGGAACUCUGCCUGAGAGCUCCGUUGCAGGCACAGCCAAACCUGGACUUAAACACAUCGGCUCAGGUUCUGAAGAGGCUAUGCGUGCCCAACGUGAUGAGGGAGUCGGUGCCAAACAGGCCGCUGGACUAUUACACCUGUGUCUUUCGCAAGUCCAAGAUGAACAGGUUCCUCGGCUGCGACAACCACGAGUCCUACUUCACCAACACACAGAGGCACCGUGUUGUGCAUGAGAUUCUUGCCAGGACGGUGUACGGCAAAAGGAAGAGGGCCGAGGUCGGCGUGGACAGACUGGUGAACGAAGGGGUGUACGCGGCGGCGUUCCCGCUGCACGAGGGCCCCUUCAAGCUCCCGAAGAACGACAUCCGCCCCGAUGAGCUGAACCAGAGGCAGGUUCUCCACCACUACUGGGCCCGCUGGUGUAAAUGGUACAAGUACCAACCGCUGGACCACAUCAGGGAGUACUACGGAGAGAAGAUUGCACUCUACUUUGCCUGGCUGGGUUUCUACACCGCCUGGCUGCUGCCGGCGGCUGUGGUUGGAACCCUGGUCUUUGUGUCUGGAGUCAUGUCCAUGGGGAGCAACACACCAGCUAAGGACAUCUGUGACAGCGGGGACAGCUAUCUGAUGUGUCCUCUCUGUAAUACAUGCGAGGCCUGGAACAUGUCGGAUAUCUGCACCAUGGCCAAGUUGGGCUACUUAUUCGACCACCCGGGUACAGUCCUCUUCAGUGUGUUCAUGUCCUUCUGGGCCGUGACCUUCCUGGAGUACUGGAAGCGAAAGAUGGCCACGCUGGCCCACCACUGGGACUGCAUGGACUUCCAUGAAGAAGAGGAGCGUCCUCGUCCAGAGUUCGCAGCCACGGCACCAAUGAUGGAGCCAAACCCAGUGACCGGCGUGAAAGAGCCCUACUUUUCAGAGAAGACCCGGUUGUCCCGGAUGGUCACUGGCUCCAUGGUCAUCAUUAUGAUGCUGUGUGUGGUGAUGAUUUUCCUGGUGACGGUGGUCAUGUGCCGAGGUAUCAUCAGCAUGAUGAUGUUCCACACCGGGAGCCCCGUCCUGCGUACAGAGGCCGGGACGAUAGCCAACAUCUCCAGCAGCAUUGUGAGUCUGGGCCUGAUCCUGCUGAUGGGCCGGGUCUACACUGCAUUAGCCGAGCAGCUCACGAAAUGGGAGAUGCACAGAACACAAACCCAAUACGACAACGCCUUCAUCUUCAAGGUGUUCAUCUUCCAGUUUGUCAACUUCUACUCGUCCCCCUUCUACGUGGCUUUCUUUAAAGGAAGGUUCGUGGGUUACCCUAGCAACUACGGGACCUUGUUUGGGAUGAGAAAUGAAGAUUGUGGUCCCGGCGGUUGCCUCAUUGAACUGGCUGAGCAACUCUUCAUAAUCAUGGUGGGAAAGCAACUCAUCAACAACAUUCAGGAGUUCAUUAUCCCGAAAGUGAAGGCCUGGCACCAGAAGAGGUCUUUGGCCAAGGUGCUGGGGGACAAAACAUCCCAUGAGCCUCGGCGCUGGGAGGAAGACUACCAGCUGGUGGAGUGUGAAGGCCUGUUCGAGGAGUACCUGGAAAUGGUGCUCCAGUUUGGGUUCAUCACCAUCUUCGUGGCGGCGUUCCCCCUGGCGCCGCUCUUCGCCCUCCUCAACAACUGGGUGGAGAUCCGCCUGGACGCGCACAAGUUCGCGUGCGAGUACCGCCGGCCGGUGGCCGAGCGCGCCCAGAACAUCGGCGUCUGGUUCAACAUCCUGGAAGCCCUGUCGCACCUGUCCGUCAUCGCCAACGCGUUCCUCAUCGCCUUCACCUCGGACUUUUUGCCCCGUCUGCUCUACCAGUACAAGUUUGGUAAUGAUCUCAAUGGAUACGUCAACUUCACCUUAGCUUACGCCCCCGAGAAGUACACUCACAACCCCAAGUGCAGGUAUAAAGCGUUCAGAGACAACGAUGGAAACUACUCGCUGUUCUUCUGGGAGCUUCUUGCUGUCAGACUUGGGUUCAUCCUUGCUUUCGAGCACGUGGUGUUCUUCGUGCUGCAAGUCAUCGACUGGGUCGUGCCGGAUGUCCCCGGGUCCCUGGAGCUGAAGAUCAAGAGGGAGCGCUACCUGGCCAAGCAGGCGCUGGCCGAACACCAGGAGGCUCUGUUGGUGAGUCGAGGCCGAGGGGCCGCCGGCCCUGCCACUCGGGGCUCAUCCAGCCCAGCAAGCGACGCGUCCUCUGGAAACGUGAGUUAGGACAAAAAAACGACAUCGGAGGAAUAAACGGGGAAAAAAGAGCCGCUCCCUCACAUCUGGGAUAACGCGGGUGAACUUUGACCCUGACUGGAAUACGGCCUCCGCGCUGAGGAUUUUGUUUUCAUUUCAUUCGCCGCUGUGCGCAGGCUUUAAGUUAAGCGAGGUGUGUUAACGGAGGCCGAAGCCCCGCUCCUCUUCAUCCGGAGAACGAGCAACACCUCGGUGUUACGUUCAGGAGAAACGCAUCUUCCACAUGUUCCAAAAAUCGCUGCUUGAUCUUGAAAAAGGAUCCACAUCUUUCUCAUCCAUACUCGGUGCUGACCCGAUAGUGACCCCCCCCCCGCCUGAGCCCGAGCGGACCUGAAGGAAACUGAGAAACAAAAAAAAUGCCCCAAAAAUGUAAUUUACACGCUUUGCUGAUGCACUCCACCCCCCAAUUUGCUUUAUACCUGCAUCAAUCUCUGUUUAUUUUAUUGUUUGGUCUUUGCAGGAAUGUAAAAGUAAUUCCUUUUUUUUCAAAUAUGUGCUUUAAUGAAUAGUGAAAUUAAUGUGCUCGUUUCGGGGGGGAACUCAAUAGCGUCCGUGGCCAAAAUGCAACCCUCUCAAAGUGUCAUAAUAUGUUAGUGAAGCCAUUGAAGUCUUUAUGUUUCUCGUGGCUGAUACAUUUGCAGCAUGAAUUAUUAAUGCCAUGAGACUUUAACACGCUGACCUCAUACCUGCAUCAGACCCAACCUGAGUAUCACUACGACUACACUGAUGCUUUAUGGUUUUAUUGACAUUAAAAGAGGGAGUUAAAUCCCCCUGAAAAGGUUUGAUUUUGCUGACCUCCAGUGGUUAAAGUUCUCACCUUGAAGCAGUUACUACAGGUGUAUGACAAGGACCCUGUGACAUCACAGGUGGGUGUGGUUACAGGUGUAGCACCCACCCACUGAUUGGUCAGAGGGGAAACACGACUGUUACUCUUUAAAGGGGCACUUCCAUAAAGUCGGUGGGACAACGGAGCAAAGGCCCGAGAUGUAUCCUCGCUCGCUGCUAUUUCUUCCAUCAUGCAUUGUCUUUUUGUCGGGUUGUGUAGUUGGAGGAGUUAUUUUUGAAGGAAGUAAAAGUCUGCUUAACGUUCAAACUCUCCUAAGACAUCAGAAUCCUGACCCACGAUCCACGGGUCGGGCACGUUGUAGCAGAACAUUUAACAGGUGAGGGGUCAGAGGUCAGGGGGUUAGAUGAAUCAAGUAAUUAUAAUGCAAACAGUGUGUGCAAUAGUCCACCUCUUCCCCUCUCUCUGUCACUCUCACUCUCGAACACACACACACACACACACACAGAAAGCAACGCUCAGUACUUGUCUCUUUCAACGUCCCGGCCCUGACAAUUGUGCUACUAUAUAAUGCAUGAAGUUGUUGGUUGAGUAACGCCUACUUUUGCGAGUUGGCGGUUGCAAAGCGUCUCUCACAACAAGUCGGGUGGCUGCGCGAAAUAAUGAAACCGCCCGAGGCGCAAAUUAAUUUCGAAAAAACAUCCAAUCGCUGAUUGAAAUUCUUCCACUGAUAACAUCUCCAGCUUCAAUGAAUUCCCUCCGAGGCCCGUUGACUAUGACUCAGGGUUAUAGAGAGUCAUCCACCAUAACGUGUGAGUAUCCUCACACUGUUGUGUUUCUAUGUUGAGGAUAUUAUUCCAACACAUAUGUGCAGCUCCCCCUCUCUUUCCCCCCAAAACACUCGGAGCCUUCAAAUCCCCCGACAUAACCCCGAUGACAUCAUGAGGUUUUCUUUCUUCUUCUUCUCAGACUUUACAAAGUGCUCCAACAAGUGCAAACAGUUGACA